AGAGUGCAAGAUCCAACACCCACGGUUUCAAAAUGACGGCAGACGUGGAGCGGCUCCUGAUCCAGUUCAAAGAUGAGGCCGGGGAGGUUCUGGGGGCCCCCUUUGAUGUCCCUGUUGAUAUCACACCAGAAAAGCUCCAGCUGGUUUGCAAUACCCUCUUAGAGAAGGAAGAGCCCCUCCCCUUGGCCUUCUACGUUCAGGACUCCGAAAUCGUUGCCUCCCUGGAGAAGACCCUGGCCGAACUGGCCCUCGAGACAGAGCGCGUGGUCGAGAUCAUCUACCAACCCCAGGCCGUGUUCCGGGUGCGGGCAGUGACCCGCUGCACCAGUUCCUUGGAGGGGCACAGUGAGGCUGUCAUCUCGGUUGCCUUCAGCCCUACGGGAAAGUAA